AUGCUCCUGAAUCUCGGCCUGACAGCAGACGCUGCUGCAGCCCAUGACAACGAGUAUUCUACCUUGCGGCCAGACACACAGCUUGCCUCUCCUGCCCCAAAUCCGACUUCCCCACGCUUCUCCUUCGCUGCGAUCCCUUCCAUGGCAAUUGGUGCUCUCUACAACAGAUACACUUCCAUUGACGCUCCCCAGGAGCCACGAAAGGUAUACCUGCGCAGCAUGUCGGAGAAUGUAGCAGGUGCGUCGUCGUUGAGCGAUGAGGAAUCCCCAGCAGCUGCAUUGGACCUCGCUCGACCUAUUGCUGCCCGUCGCCGCUCCACCGGGAAGUCAUUGUCAAGGCCCAGGACGUCAUAUCAACUUGCCCACCCGCCCUUACAUCAACGUCACAAGUGCUUGAGGAUGCGACCAAGGGUCCUCCUCCAAUUGCAGCAGACCUCCCAGACACCUCGUCCCAUUCCCAUGUUGGAUGUGCUGCCGUCAUCCGGCUAUCGACCUCUACUGGCUCACAAGUUUCCUUCUAUCUUUCGGGGAAAGAGUGGGCUAGGCCUCCAAGACUUGAUCAUCGUCAAGAGUGAGUUGUUUGAGUCAACUGUGUCGGGUAUCCUGGAUAGAAGUUGGGCCUCGGACGACGAAGGGAGCGAUAUCCGGGAGGUGAUCGCCACGAUUUGUCAGAUCUUCAAGGAUGAUGCCCGGGCCAAGGGAAAAGUGGAGAUUUGCCUGAACCACGGCCCCACGUGGGAAGCGACUCCUCUUCCCAAUGGGUCCUAUGAGUUCGUUGCCAAUACGCCAAAUGGUGUGCAGACCUUGCGAUGGGUGCUGCGUGCUAAGAAUCGGCGGUUAUCGGCCCCCCCAGGCUCGUUGCCACCGGAGGACAGUAAGAGGUUCACGUUUAGCGUGAUUGAUCCCAGUACUCGCCGUCACCCGGUCAUAGCCACCAUGACUCGCAACCGGAUUGAGGUGUAUGAUGAAUACUCUAAGCCUGCCCCUCCUGGCACCGCACCUGUGAAGUCCAUGUCCUCUAUGUCGGUCGUCAGCGAUUCUUCCGAGCUUGACGCCCCAUUGAGUGGAAAUGUAAUAGAGACGGACGACGAUCUCCGUACCUUGAUUGUCAUCACAGGGAUUUGGGUGGCCUUUCGAGAAGGCUGGUCUCGCAACUUCAGCUAUAAUGGCUCCUCUCUCAACUCCUCGCAGUUGACAUCCAAGAAUGGCUCAUCGGCAACUGCCAGCCGUGAUAGAACCGCGUCGCUUGCCGAAAGACCCAGUGGAGCACCUUCGGAUGGAGGGAAGAAGAGUCCCAAGUCAAGGAACUAUGGCAGCUUGUCUAAACGUUCCAAUUCCACCGGUGCCGCCUACAUCGAACGGGCAAACCGACGGAGCACCUCUGUAGUUGGCAAUCGAACGAAGCGGAGCAGCAUGCUUUCCAACUAUAGCGAUCAGAAGCCUAAUGGGAAUGGGAAUGACGCCUGGAAUGCGGCGGCUAGUCCCAUCUCCUCUCCCCGGAACACUAUCGACCUAGGCACCCGUCCCCGACUUACCAAAGUUGAUUUCGAAUCGGCGACACCUGUCGUACAGCUGGAACGCGGUCUUAAUGGAUCCUCUCGGCAGGCGCGCCAGUCGCAGCCACAGCCGGCGGAGACAUCCCAAGAAAAGACCGUUAAGAUGUCCAAUGGUCAAGGCGCAGAACUCAGUCCACCAAAGGGCAAGCGACGGCACCGGCUCAGCGGACUGUUUGAUUUCUUUGCCAAAAAAGGUGGGCAUCACUGA